AUGGCCUCUCCCGGGCCCAAGAGCCCUGCGCUCAAGACCAACAUGGAUGUCGACUAUGUCGUCAGCUUCCGCUUCGCCGCCACCGCCAAGGACGCCGCCCUGUCCAAGUUCGAGAAGCUCAUCGCUGCCCUGUCCUCGGUCGGCCUGGCCACCGAGGUCCGCAAUGGUGAGGACAGCUCGCUGCUCGUCUUCUGCAAGGUUGCUUCUGAGGAGCACCUCUACGGCGAAGUCUACCGCUCGAGAGUCCGCGACUGGAUCCACGGCAUUCGAUCGUCGGAGCCCCCGCGCGAGACCCGCCACGCCCUCGACGCCGAGCCCCUGUCCGAAGCCGAGCGCCUGCGCAUCAUAUACCAGCUCAUCACAAACCCGGAGUCCGAGGGCGGCGCCGGCAUCACCCCCAAGGAGGGCGACUGGAAGCAGGUCGAAUCUGUCUUCGCUCUGCACGACCAUUCUUACAACCACGCCUGGAUCAAGCAAUGGAGCACUCAGUACCUCCUCAAGCCCGAGGACCUGGACGAGAUUCGUAAUCGUCUAGGCGAAAAGGUCGCCUUCUACUUUGCCUUCACCCAGUCCUACUUCACAUUCCUGAUCUUCCCCGCUGCAUUCGGCUUUGCGUCCUGGCUGAUCCUUGGCCACUUCUCUCCGCUCUACGCCCUCGUUAACGCACUCUGGUGCACCGUUUUCACCGAAUGGUGGAAGCACCAAGAGUACGACCUCGGUGUGCGCUGGGGAGUGCGCGGCGUCUCUUCCAUAGAAACCACCCGGAGGGAUUUCAGGCACGAGACCGAAGUCCAGGACCCCGUCACUGGCGAGACAAUCAGGGCCUUUCCAGUGACCAAGCGCUUUCAACGUCAAUUGCUGCAGAUUCCCUUUGCAUUGGCCGCUGCACUCAUCCUGGGCAGUUUGAUUGCCACGUGCUUCGGAAUCGAAAUCUUUAUUUCCGAGAUCUACAAUGGCCCGCUGAAGACCAUCUUGGUCUUCUUGCCCACCGGCAUUCUGACUACCUGCAUGCCCAUUCUUUUGGGAGUCUUGACGAAUUUUGCCAAGCAACUGACCGACUAUGAGAACUACGACACGCACGGUUCCCAUGAGACGGCCAUGACGCAGAAGAUUUUCGUGUUGAAUUUCAUCGUCUCCUACCUGCCUAUUAUUCUUACCGCCUUCAUCUACGUUCCUUUUGGCCAACACAUUGUCCCAUACCUGGACGUUUUCAGCCUCACGGUCAAGCCCUUCGCUGAAGACGAAAAGCAGCUACAGCGAUCCUCCACCUGGUCUAUCAAUCCCGACAGAUUGAGGAAGCAGGUGAUCUAUUUUACCGUAACCGCGCAGGUCGUCAACCUUGGCAUGGAGGUUAUCGUCCCUUACCUGAAGCGUCGUGGUUUCGCGAAAUACAAGAAAAUCCAAAGCGAAAGGGCCGCCAAGAACGGCGGUACGGUGCCAAAUGUUGCCGCGAACGACCCGCCGGAGGAGGCUGCUUUCCUCGACCGUGUCCGCAAGGAGGCCGAGCUCGAUGUGUACGAUGUGACCCAGGAUCUCCGUGAGAUGGUCCUACAGUUUGGCUACCUCUCUCUCUUCAGCGUCGUUUGGCCUCUCACCGCUGUGUCAUUCUUGAUCAAUGACUGGGUUGAGCUGCGCGCCGAUGCAAUCAAGAUUUGCGUCGAGAUGCAACGCCCCACGCCUUGGCGUGCUGACACCAUUGGUCCCUGGCUCGACAGCCUGAGCUUCCUGACAUGGUUUGGUAGCAUCACAACCUCCGCCCUCGUUUACAUGUUCUGGAAUGACGGUCUCGGUCCGGACGGCACACCCGGCGACAUCAAAGGCUGGGCUCUGCUGCUCUCCAUCUUCUUCUGCGAACACAUCUUCCUCGCUGUCCGCUGGGCCAUCCGUGUCGCCAUCACUAAGAUGGACUCCCCCGGCCGCCAGAAGGAGCGUCGCGAGCGUUACCUCAUCCGUCGUCGCUACAUGGCCGAGUCUCUUAAGGAAAUCGAGAAGCUGCCGAAGCUUCAAGAGCAGGCGGCCGAGGUCGGAAUCGACGCACUUGAGGAGGAGGCGAGAAGGGAGAGCCAAGCCGGAAGCAGGCUGGAGGAUAAGUUUUGGAAGAGGCAAAGUGGCUGGAAGGAAACGAUCAUUGUGGGUAAAUCUCUGAUCGAGAGAACGGCUGGGGCAGAGAGCAAGAAAGAGCAGUAG